AUCUAGUUGCCCACAAGGGAGUGACGUAGCCGUGUGAAUGUCUAUCUGUCAAUUUAGGAUAAUCUCCCAGACAGUAAUUGUCGAAUGUAGGUGAGACCAUCGAGUAAAUAAUAAGUGCAAAAAAAGAAUGAUGGAAGCUUCGAAGUUCAUGGCAGCUUCGGCGGGGCACAGAACGAGCUUCGCGCUAACUACACUGAGAGGACAACCUCGACGAUAUGGACCAGACCUACAAAGCUCGAAAAGAGGCCUUUGUGUCCAAUCUCUCUGGAGGAGAGAUCACGGAGAUCAACAGUGUGACUCUUGUUGCGUCGACAGCUGUCCUUCUCUGGUCUGCUCUCCAAUCCCGCAUCUCCUUCUUCACCCCAUACAGUGCCCCGGCGCUUGUAGUCGACUUCCUUCUCAAUGUUGGCGCGAUCCUAUUCUCGUUUACCGUGUAUUCCUCCUCGUCCGUCCUACUGAACAUCCUACUUGCAUCGCCGGCAAUUUUACUCCUGCUUAGUCCGAAGAGAUCCUGGAAAGCGCAGAAGGCGAAGCCUCCGCGCUCGACUUCAGGAAAAGAUGCUACCUCCAAACAAACUUCCAGUGACCUGGAUCCAUUUCCAGUUCACCCGUUUCUUACGACAUACCGCGCGGCUAUGAUGAUAGCCACCUGCGUUGCUAUUCUCGCAGUUGACUUCCGUGUCUUCCCGAGGCGCUUCGCAAAAGUCGAAAAUUGGGGCACCUCUCUGAUGGAUCUGGGUGUUGGAUCUUUCGUCUUUUCUGCCGGAGUUGUAUCAGCGCGGUCUGUUCUCAAGGAACAAUCGAGAGCGACUUUGCCGCGGAGAUUGAUCGCAUCGAUCCGGCACUCGAUUCCUCUCUUCGCCCUAGGAUUCAUACGGCUAUUGAGCGUCAAGGGUCUAGAUUAUGCAGAGCAUGUGACGGAGUAUGGCGUGCAUUGGAACUUCUUCUUUACCUUGGCGCUGUUGCCUCCAUUUGUCGAGAUCUUUCAUUCCUUGACUGCAGUAGUGCCCUGGUAUGAGCUCCUUGCUCUGACCAUCGCAGUCGCGUAUCAGGUAGCGCUUGAGUCCACGGAUCUGAAGGGCUAUAUUCUCGUGUCGCCGCGCGGACCUGAUCUCCUUUCGAAGAACCGAGAAGGUGUGUUCUCGUUCAUCGGCUACUUGGCCAUCUUUCUGGCCGGCCGUGCUAGCGGUGUCCGGAUCAUUCCUCGCGGCACUGGUCUGUCGAAGACACCACAGCAAGCAAGGAGGAGUGUCCUGAUCAGCCUGGCCCUCGAAACUGCGGUGUGGUCUGGGCUAUUCUUCUUCAAUUCGACCUAUGCCUUUGGCUAUGGAGCCGGUAUUCCAGUUUCGCGCCGAUUGGCCAACAUGCCGUACGUUCUCUGGAUCGCUGCGUUCAACAACGCGCAACUUUUCGUGUUUUGCCUGAUCGAGACGGUCUUCUUCCCCUCUGCACAUCAGGCGACGGACAAGGAUAGCGAAUCCGAACAGAUUUCUUUUGCCACGAGCCGAGUCAUGGCGGCAUUCAACAAGAACGGACUGGCUGUCUUCCUGGUCGCGAAUCUGCUUACUGGGGCUGUCAACCUUGGGAUACACACGCUUGAUGCGAAAACGCCGCAAGCCAUGGCUGUCUUGAUGGUGUACGCAGCUGCCGUAACGGCCGUGGCAAUGGGGCUCGACUGGUCUGGUAUUAAGUUGAAAUUGUAGGAUAUGAAAUUAAGAAAUGUUAUGUUACUAAUAUGAGCUCUUUCUUUGGACCGUAUAUAGAUUCACAAAUUUAGCGUAGUUGUUCGGCUGGCUACCCUGCAGAUCAGGUUGAUCAACCAACAUGUGGACUAAAUAAGCAGCUUGUGUGACCUUCCUGUGCAAGAAACACUAUAUACCAUAGCAAGAUGUACUCCAUAAAAAACAUCACGAAACACAAACAGCACGGUUUCCAAGACCAUCGAGUCACAAUAGCUCAUCCUCCAACGU